GGUAAGUGAACAAGUGAAAUAAGUGAUUAAGUGAAGUGAAGUGAAGUAGUGAAGUUUAAUGAGAACAAGAGAGAGUAGUGAGAGUGACAAAGUGGAAAAUCUUAGGAAGGAGACAGACUCUGUGAUAUUCUAAUUACUUAGUGUUAAAGAAUUCAAAUUUGAUAAUAAGUUGAAAGAAUACACUCAAACUAAAAUAUUAUGUGAAUACGGCAUUCGGAGCAUUAAAUUUUUGAAAAUGAGAUUAAAAAUAUAUUUUACUCACUUCACCAAAAAUGUCAUUAUUUUGACAUUGCUUUGUUGUUCAUUAUUAGAAUACUCAAUAGCCGAUGAUGAAAAUGAAGGCAUUGACUUGAUAACAAGAUUGGGCAUCCCCAACCUUCCAAAUGGAGUCAAUGAAACUGCUGGCAUGUGCGGCAUGCUUCGAAAUUCUUAUCAAAAUUAUAAAGCAGGAGCUUACUCAAUCAAUAAAGGAACGAUGAUAACAGUUGCGUCAUCUGAUUUAUUUCCUAAAGGAUUUCCCAUAGACUUUUCGAUUAUUGUUACAUUGAAAGCUAAACAAAAAUUUUCUAGAGCUCCAGUUUUUUCAAUUUACACAUCAGAAAGUGAAGAAUCUCUUGUAUUUUAUGUGGGUUCACAGAUAUCUCUUCUGUAUCAAGAUGAGUCAAUGAUAGACGAUAAUAUGAUAAGCUUCGACUCAACAACCAAUGAUUUGAAAUGGCAUCGAAUUGGAAUAAGCAUAAAAGGAAACUCCAUUACAAUAAUAUUUGAUUGUGAUAAACAAAUCACAAGAAAGUUGUCUAGAUCAAUUACUUCAAGAAUUUAUACUGAUGGAUUACUUUUUAUGGGAGUUCAAUUAGAUGAAGACGAAGAAUACUUCACGGGAGAUAUACAACUAUUAAGAAUAACAAGUAAACCAGAUACUGCUUACGAAAUUUGUACAAAAUAUUCUCCUGAUUGUUCAUCGAGUAUUAAUCAUACACCAAGUUCAAAUUAUCCGUCAUCUUCUCCUGCGAAUGAUGGAGCCAAAAAUAAUAACUUAAAGCUUCAUUCAUUAUCAAUGAAUCAAAGAAAUAAAACAAAAACUUUAAAUAUUAGGAAAACGGAAAGAUCACGAAGUGUAAACAUGCUGAAAGUUAAUGAUGCAGCCCAUGAUUCUCUUGAAUUAGAAAAUAUAAAUCUCGAUUUGAAUGGAGAAGAUGAUUAUUACGAUUCUUUAAAUUCUGGAAAUGAAGAUGAUGCUUUCACUACGUUGUCACCAUCUUAUGAAAAUGAAGACCAAAUCGAUGGUGUAAAUGUGAACAAUAAUGAAGAUAAUUAUGUGGUAGAGUCAGAAUACAAUCAGAAGGAAAAUAUUAAAAGUGUAAAUGAAAGCUACACCAAAAUUGUGAAUGGAGUUAAACUUAAAUCUAUUCCCGGGCCGAUUGGUUUUAAAGGAGAGAAGGGAGAAAAAGGAGAAAAGGGAGAAAUCGGUCUUGAUGGCAGAGAAGGUUUAUCAGGAUUGUCUGGAUCACCUGGCGCUCCUGGACAUGUUUUUAUCAUACCACUUGGUCAAAAUAACGGGAACGAGAAAGGACCAGACACGCAAGCAGAAGCUUUCCGUCAAAUGUUGGCUCAACAUAUGCUUGCAAUGAAAGGUCCAGAAGGCCCGCAUGGCUUAACAGGUGCGACUGGUUUGGAAGGAAAAAUAGGAGAAGCUGGUCCAAAAGGGGAACAAGGAGACCAGGGUGAAUUAGGCCUACCUGGGCCAAGAGGGCUGAUCGGGUUGCCUGGACCGAUUGGAAAGAGAGGACGUGAUGGCAGAGAUGGUGAUCGAGGACCAGUAGGAAGCCAAGGUUUAAAAGGAGAAGUUGGGGUCCCUGGUUUAAUAGGACUUCCAGGUGAAAAGGGGGAUCGAGGUCGAACAGGUUUAGUAGGAGAAAAGGGAGAAAAGGGAAAUGAAGGAACACAAGGAGAUGAUGGGCCACAGGGCCUGCAAGGAAUGAUCGGAGAAAUUGGUCCACGUGGAUUUACAGGUCCUAGGGGUAUACCAGGUCCAAUCGGAAAUCCAGGGAUUCCAGGAAAUGAAGGUCCAAUCGGAAGCAAAGGAAACACUGGACUGAUUGGUAUCCCUGGUCCAGUUGGAAUUCAAGGUCCUCUCGGACCACCAGGCACUUUAGGUCCAUCUGGAAGUCAAGGAAGUCAAGGUUUACCUGGGCCAACAGGAAAAAGUGGAUAUCCUGGAAGCCCAGGGUCCCCUGGUUCUGACGGAAGAGUAGGAAAUCCCGGAAGUAUGGGUCAAAAAGGUGAACCAGGACAAAUAGGCAGUCAAGGUCCAAUUGGUUUUCCUGGAAGUCGUGGUCCAAAGGGUGACACUGGUGCAAGAGGAGCUUUGGGUGAAAAGGGGGACAGAGGUCAAAAAGGUGAAGACGGAGAAAAAGGAGAUCGCGGAGAAUCUGGUGAUAUUGGCCUACAAGGGCCCAUUGGAUUAUUAGGUUUAGAAGGUCCUGAGGGUCCGAAAGGAGCAGAAGGAGUAAGAGGUAAAAUAAUGAGCGAUUGGAUUACCCGGAGAAAAAGGAAAGCAAGGGCCUCAAGGAUUUUCAGGAUACCCAGGGUCUACGGGUGAAAAGGGUGACAAAGGUAGCGUUGGAAGCAAUGGACCUGUGGGCCAAAAGGGUAAAAAAGGGAAUUCUGGACAGCAAGGAGAACGAGGUGAAACAGGACCAAGGGGAUUUAGAGGAGCUCGAGGUCGAACGGGUAGCAAUGGCUUGCAGGGAUCAAAGGGAGACCCAGGAAUGCCAGGACCUGGAGGAUUAAUAGGCGAACAAGGAAUUCAAGGAGAGAAAGGUACAAAAGGAAUUCAAGGCCCUGUCGGUCAAUCUGGAAAAGAUGGAAAACCAGGAGAUCGAGGUCCACCAGGCGAAAGAGGUGAACGUGGUGAUGUUGGAGCUACUGGACCUCCUGGGAUAGUUGGCCAAGUCGGUCUUCCCGGUCCUUCCGGAGAGACGGGUUUGAUUGGAGAACCUGGAUUACCCGGUAAUUCUGGUCAGCCUGGGGUUUGUAGAUGUUAUUUGCAACAAUUAAUAUUUUUUCUAGACAAAAAAAUUAUUAUAGGAACCAGGUGUAUCUGGCGAAGCAGGAAAAGAAGGUCCAGUAGGAAGUCAAGGACCGAUAGGAAAAUCGGGUCCCCCUGGACAAUCUGGGCCACCUGGCUUUUCAGGUGAAAGAGGAUUUCCUGGUCUUCCUGGAUUGCAGGGCUUAAAAGGAGAAAUGGGCCCACAAGGAUUUGCAGGAUCAAUUGGUGACAAAGGCCAGCAAGGUCCACCUGGUGCAGAAGGUUUGCAAGGAAUUCAAGGAAGAACUGGACCACAGGGAUUGUCGGGAAGUCCAGGACUAAAGGGUGAAAGAGGAGAGCCAGGAGCAACUGGACCAAUCGGACGAGAUGGACUUCCUGGCUUGAGAGGACUGAAUGGAUCACCAGGUCCAAUGGGUUUACCUGGCGAAGAUGGAGAUAAAGGAGAGAUUGGAGCACCAGGAAUAAAGGGAGAAAAGGGAUCAAUGGGUGAACUUGGAGCAAUUGGAUCGACUGGGCCUAUAGGAUUAACUGGUUCUCCAGGAUCAGAAGGACUUCAAGGCGAAAAGGGUGAAAGAGGUGAAGCUGGCACUCCAGGGGUCAAAGGAGAGAGUGGUCCAAGAGGCAAACAAGGAGCUCAUGGGAUGAUUGGUCCCAUUGGAAUACCUGGAAAUACGGGGCCAAAAGGAAAUCAAGGAGAUCAUGGUUCAUUAGGUCCGACUGGACCUCAGGGACAAAAAGGUGAACCUGGAAAGCAAGGCCCUCACGGUCAGGAUGGAUCACGUGGUCAGCAAGGAGAAAGUGGAAGAGAAGGAUUAACUGGAGAACCUGGAGCUCAAGGGCCACCCGGAAUCAAAGGAAUCGACGGUCCAACAGGGCCUACUGGAGAACGAGGUCAAAAGGGAGAAAGUGGUAAAAUUGGAAUGCCAGGAUCUCCCGGUAAGCGUGGAUUACCAGGACAGGAAGGACCAAAGGGAAACAUAGGACAAACUGGUUUACCUGGAAAUCAAGGAGAAGCUGGACAAAAAGGAAUGAAAGGUGAUCAAGGAGUUCAUGGUGAAGAUGGCCAAAAAGGCGAACCUGGAUUGCGUGGAUUUCCAGGCAACGCUGGUCCCCCAGGAAUUCAAGGAGAACAAGGCAAGCAGGGUGUAGAUGGUGUAGCAGGAAUCCAGGGAAAUGCUGGAAAUGCUGGUGAAAAGGGUGAUAAAGGUUCAACUGGUCCUGUUGGAAUGAUUGGAAUGUUAGGUCCAAAAGGGCCUAUAGGGCCCGAAGGGCCGAGAGGUUUGAUAGGAGUAAAAGGAGAUCAAGGUGAAAUUGGUGUCCCUGGUUUAAUGGGAUUAUCCGGAAAAGAAGGACCGAUUGGAAAAAUGGGAUUACAAGGCGAAAAAGGUGAACGUGGAAAACGGGGAAUGAAAGGUCACAGAGGAGAUUUGGGUAUUGCUGGUAUAAAAGGUGAUCAAGGCGAAAAAGGAAACAAAGGAAUUACCGGAUUUCCUGGUGAAAUUGGUCAAAAAGGAGAAGUUGGUUUAGAAGGCCCUCCUGGGCAAAAAGGAAAUGAAGGUCCGCAAGGCGUUCAGGGUGAUAUUGGAAUGAUCGGUCCAAAAGGACAGAUUGGAAUGGCAGGAGAGAAAGGUGAAACUGGUCAAGCUGGUCCUCCUGGUCCACCAGGUCCACCAGCAGAAGCUCCUUUAUUACCACCAGAGUUGCUGUUUCAAAGUGAAUUCACUAAAGGAGAGGACAGGUUACGACGAGAUUUAGAAAAUGUUGAGCAAUUAGCGGCAGAAAUUGAAGAUGCUGAUAUCGAUGAAUUAAUGGGUGUUGUAAAAAAGACUCGAAAGUCUACAUUGAAACGCAAGAAACCAAAAGACGAAUUUUCUCAAAAAUUUCAUGAGAUGUACAGUUCAAUUUAUUCGAUGAGACAAGAGUUAGAUCGAUAUCGAAAACCAGAUGGAACAAGAGAAAAUCCUGCACGAUCAUGUAGAGAUCUUUGGUACGGUUAUCCUCAUUUUAAAAAUGGAUUUUACUGGGUUGAUCCAAACAGUGGGAUGGUAGACGAUGCAAUUUAUGUAUUUUGUAACAUGGAAGCACAAGGAGAGACAUGUGUACAUCCAGAUAUUCAUAGUGCUCAAAUGCCUAACAUACAUUGGAGAAAAGAAAGUGAUAAAACAGAUUGGUACUCAAAUCUCCGUGGAGGGUUCAGAAUUUCAUACGAAACAGUAGGGCCUAUUCAAAUGACUUUCCUUCGCUUGCUUUCUCAGCAAGCAUAUCAGAAUUUUACUUACACUUGUAUGAACAGUGUCGCAUGGUUUAAUAGUAGAACAGAAAAUUACGAAAUGUCGUUAAGACUCUUAGGAGAGAAUGAUAUUGAAAUUGGACAUGACACUCCUGUUAAACCUACUAUUUUAAAGGAUGGAUGCCAUUCUGGUGCAGCUAAGAGCGAAAGUGUUUUUGAAAUUCGUACUAAGAAAAUCCAAUAUCUUCCAAUUAUUGAUUUUUAUCCAAUUGAUUAUGGACAACAGCAGCAAGCGUUUGGUUUUCAAGUAGGUCCCGUUUGUUUCAAGUAGCAUAUUAUGUCGAUAUUAACAAUUAAAUUGUUAAACUUUC